GAGAGGGUGGAGGGCAACGAUUUAUGUUGUUGUUAUUGUUGUUGUAGUUGUUGUUUUGUGUGUGUGUGUGUGUGUGUGUGUGUGUUUGUGUGUAUGUGUGUGUGUGUGUGUCUUUGUCUUUCUGUCUGUGCAUCUGUGCUGUGUGAGACCACAAAAACCCAAUAAUGUAAAGAGACACAUAAGGCAAGUUUAAACUGUUAUGGCGCUACUAAAUGCAGUCUAACCCCUUAAACCCCUUAAAGUGCUUAAAUUUCUCACUGCCAUAACUAUAAUUUUUUUAGUCUCUUUGUAUUUAUUAAAAGUUGUUGAAUAACGCAUAAUAGUUACUGAACAGUAAGAUUUGAUAUGAAUAGCUAAUUAAUAAGAUCAGAAUUUAAGAAGUUUGAAUAAGUUGGCCCAAGUUCACUUGGUCUAACUGACUCACACAUUAAUACUUAUGUUUGUGCCUCACUGCAACAAACAGGCACAGCAUAUCAAACUUCACCAUAACCUCAAUGACAACAAUUGCACAAUACAGAGUACUAUGUCUAAUAAAUGAUUCUUUUUAGUCAUUGUUGACAUAGUAUUGUAACAUCAGGUUAAACAACAGAGUAAUCACAAACAAUAAUUAUGUGUAUGUUUUUGUUUGCCAUGUAUUCAUGGUUUGGCAUUUCUGACCGCCUUUCAAAUCUGUGCAAGGUAGCACCUGGGGCAUUUUCAUAAACUCUGUCUCUGAUGCGAAUAAUAAAUGAGUUGUGUGUGUGUGUGUGUGUAUGUGUGUGUGUAUGUGUGCGUGCGUGCGUGUGUGUGUGUCUACAGGAGCUUUCACUGAUAAUGGAAUGUAUGGGUGUCAUGUCUCAGCAUGGAAAGAGUCACAGCGCAGGCCAAUUACUGCUACAAGGAAUGGCCAGAUGCACAAGUCACCAAGGCCAUCAGACCAAAAUCUGUCUCUCUUUCACUAUUAGUAUAUUUGUGUGUGUGUGUGUGUGUGUGUGUUUGAGAGAGAGAGAGAGAGAGAGAGAGAGAGAGAGAGAGAGAGAGAGAGAGAGAGAGAGAGAAAGAGAGAAAGAGAGAGGGGGGACAGGGAAUACGGACUACAGAUUUUGCUUAGCAGGACUCAGGGGGUCUGGAUGAGAUUCAGACCUUUUCCACCAAAUGCUUGGAACAGCAAGGACAAAACAAUUAUUCUCUGCACCACGUGCAAGGCAGAACCAGUGGACACAGAUUCAUUUUUCACUAAAUUUAAAAUCAAAGGACUAUAAAAUUGUACAGUUCUCUCUGCUAUGCACAUCCUCCAAGUGUUUUUUCCCACUGAUUUUUCUAUUUCUCUAAUCAGCUUGUCUUCAUAAUGACAUUCAGCUGAAAGUCAACUCUGGAUGGCCUUGAUGGUGAGAAUCAGCACAGGCUCAGCCAGUUGGCAAAUGCCCUUGAUGGGAUUGACCCAGCAGACAACAGCUAUCAAUCAUCCAGCACUUGCUGUCAUGAGGCUUUUUUUUUAACAACAACAAAAUAACAGUUUCCAUUUUACUGCAUUUAAAACACAUCAUGGUUUUCUGGUUUUCUAAUCAUUCAACAAAAAAUAAUUAAUAUUUCACUGUUUUGGUAUUAUGUGUACUAUGCAUUUGGCCCAAUAUGGAAGAUGAAUUUCCCUGUUACUUUACAACAGUUUUUAAAUGCAGAUAUUUUUUAUUAAACACAUCUGAUUUUGAUGGUGUGAGGUAUUUCUCUGUUGUCGUUUUUAUUCUGGUUUUACCAGUGCUACCCAGCUACAGGCAUGCCAGAUGAUCAGGGAGAAAUAAUGUCUCCAGGGACCAAAUCACGUGACGGCCACUGCCACGUGACGUCAGCAGCAGAUGGCAUGGGUACCAGCUCUGGCAGUUGGCAUCGGUGUCAUUUCUCUAAGAGCGGCGGAGAGGUGAGAGAAUUGCGUUUGGCCGGGCACGCCUGCAGCAGGCAGGAGAAGUUCUUAACACUGAGAAAAAUGGACAUCGCCUGUUGACCCAGAAGAUCCAGCAGGACUACAAUGCUGACUUUACCGUUUGAAGAGCCGGUGAUGAUGGACACUCAGUUCGUGGCAAACUUUCCGCGGGACUGCGUGGGUGAAGCGAAAGUCAAACACGACCCCUUCAAAAAAGAAGAACCGCUCUCGCACACGGACCUUAAGGUGAUGGACGACGACGAGUCGGAGAAGGACGAGGACGAGCGGGACGAGGGCCCAGAUGAGCACGACGCGCCACGACGACGAGGCCCACGCAAAAAGAAGCUGACCAAACAGCGGUUCGACCGCGUGAAGAUGCGGCGCCUGGAGGCCAACGCGCGAGAGAGGAACCGCAUGCACGGCCUCAACAACGCACUGGACAGCUUGCGCAAAGUGGUACCGUGCUACUCAAAAACGCAGAAACUGUCCAAGAUCGAGACACUGCGUCUAGCCAAGAACUACAUCUGGGCCCUAUCGGAGAUCCUCAGCACUGGUAAGAGGCCUGACCUCUUAAGCUUCGUACAGACGUUGUGCAAGGGCCUUUCCCAGCCCACUACCAACCUAGUGGCAGGAUGCUUGCAGCUCAAUGCCCGCAGCUUCAUCGCCGAUCACGGCGCCGAGGCGUCCUUCUCAGCCAGAUCGCCGUACGACGCCGUGUAUCCGGCCUACCACGACGACCUGGCAACUACCGGGCACGGCGGAAGUGGCGGUAGUGGCGCAGCGGACGGUGUUAAACCCUUCAGGCCGUACGGCUACUGUGGCGCCUACGAAUCAUUCUACGAGUCGGCGUCUCCUGAGUGCGCGAGCCCGCAGUUUGACGGACCGCUUAGCCCGCCGCUGAACUUCAACGGGAUUUUCUCGCUCAAACACGAGGAGCCGGGUGACUAUGGGAAGAGCUGCCAUUACGGCAUGCGCUACUGCGCUGUGCCCGGCCGCUCUUCCCUUAGCCAGAGCGCGGUAGCGCGCGCCUCCUCCGACCUGCACUUCCCUUAUGACCUCCACCUGCGCGGCCAGUUCUACCCUGCACAAGACGAACUAAAUGCCACUUUUCAUAAUUAGAGCGGGAAAGGCAAAGUUGUCCUCCCUUCCCUUUUCCUUCCCUUCCCUUUUCGGGGUAAUUACUGAAAACAACGAACUUAAGCCCACAACAUGUAUUAUUUACGUCGCGCUCCAUUAGGAGCUUUUUGGUUGUAGGCCAACUGAUGUUUUAUGUAUUCGAGUUAACUUGAUGGAGUGACUUGCUUAGGGCGGACAUUUUGGCGUGGAAUGUCCUUGAAAAACAGAACCAUAAAUGAUGUUCUUGUUUAGUUUAAUUUAAUAUCAUCAUUUAAAAAAAAAUCAACAAAAAACAGAAACAAUAUCAUGAUGCUGAUAAAAAUCGGACACGUUGGAUAUGAUCAUUAUAACGAGUCUCUAUGUAGGCCUACUGUGUUUUUUUCCCACUUGAGUAUCCUGCAAUAUUUCUCCACUUUUCAUUAUGUUCAUGAAAAUUUACAGCAGUAAGUUAGAAAAAAACGUCCCAUGCAAGCAAAACAUCAAAUACAAAGCAAGGCUCUUAAUUUUGCAAGUUUGGAAUAAAAAAACAAACAAGAGCAAUAAAUGCAAAGGCAUCUAUGCAACACACGGCCUUUUUCAAGACAAAACCAAUGAUAACGUCACCAGGCCCUGCAUUUCUCCAGUUAAAUAGCCUGAUGUCAAAGCAUCCAGAUCAUCGGUACGUCUUUUAGUAAUAUCAGUUGACAAGUGGGAUACUGCUGACAAUUUCGUUUAUGUAUGUACAUCUAUUUAUUUACAUUCCGCAGUUAAUUUUACUGAUCUUAAUGCUACAAGGAAAAAAGAUGCCAUUUUCAGUGUCCGUUGUUUGUUUCCUGUUUGACACGUGAAAUGUGUGAACGAUUGAAUGUCUGGAUUGAUUAGUUGGCGUAUAGCCUAUUCCAUAUCUUCAAAGAACUAAGAAGUAAAGAACUUAUAUAAAAUAUAUACAGAAAUAUAUAUAUAUAUAUAUCCCUUAAAAGUAACAAGUUGACAAAGCUUAUUAAGGUCUUAUUUAUGGUCUUAAUUAUGGUCUUAAUUUUUGUUUUUGUGUUUGACCGUGACAAUUUGGGACGUGGACAAUCUAAUUUAUAGCAGGUGUUGUAGCUAUAACAAGUUCACACCUCUUUAGAGUUUUCUACAGGCCUGUCGAAAUAGUGCGCACAGAAAGUAACAAGCGUUGUGUUUAAUAAAUUAAUGACAUUCAAUUAAUGGACAAUGGAAACUUUCCAGCUUGUUAAUGUAAGUUAAUUAUGCAACAGUUUGUUCGAUAUUUCUUCUGUUUGUAUCUUUUUUAUAAUGUACAGUCAGUUCAUGAUAUGAUGUUGGAGAUAUUGCGCACAGGCUCGAAACAAUCACCUUACAAAUUUAUUCAAAUUUAUUCGCAAUUUUUUGUUUAUUGAAGCAUGUAAAAUGUUUUGAUUGAAAGGUUUGUGUCAUGUAUAGCGAACUCAUGUCAUGGGAAUUCCUUGCCUUAAUGAUUAUAGUUGCCCAUCAGUUAUGCAAUGUAAUGGAUGUUUUCAGUGGUGAAAUCUUGUACAUCUUUCUCACAACACUGCGACGAGAGGUUUCGUGCAAACGCCUAGGAGUGCACUGAAACUGUUCUGUGCAAAUUUGUACACUGCCACUGAGUUGUUUUGUAAAAAUAAAUACAUUUAAAUUGAA